AUGAACACUCUCUACGUACCCAGCACGGCCAAGGUGGCGUUCGUCAGUGGGGCCAACGGCAUCAGUGGCCACGCCAUCGUGGAGCAACUGAUCCGGAAGCCCAAGACGGAAUGGCGCAAGAUCGUCAUUUCGUCCCGUCGUGCUCUGCCAAACUACUGGAUCGAUCCUCGGAUUGAAUUCGUGGCCGUUGAUUUCCUGGACGAGAAAGAGAAGGUUGCAGCAAAGUUGGAGCACGUCUGCAGAGAUGUGACCCAUGCCUUUUACACCUCGUACAUCCACACGGAUGAUUUCCAAAAGCUAAAGGAAAUGAACGUCCCUCUCUUCAGGAACUUCAUUGAUGUUGUGGAUGCCGUAUGUCCCAGCCUGGAAAGGGUUUGCCUCCAGACCGGCGGCAAGCAUUACGGUGCUCACCUGGGACCGGUCCGGGUUCCCUUGACCGAGGACAUUCCUCGCUAUGACGAUGAGGGCUUCAACUUCUACUACCCUCAAGAGGACUACCUUUUCGAAGUGCAAAAGAGGCGGGGCACGUGGUCCCACAACAUCAUCCGCCCCAAUGGAAUCGUCGGCUUCACCCCUCACUCCAAUGGCAUGUCUGAGGCAUUGACUGUGGCUCUCUACUUCCUCAUCAACAGGGAACUCGGUGGAGACGGAAUGUUUCCGGGUAACAAGUACUUCUACGACUGCAUUGACGACAUGUCGUACGCUCCAAGUAUCGCCGACAUGUCCAUCUGGGCGGUGACGCAGGAUCACUGCAAGGACGAGGCUUUCAAUCACACCAACGGUGAUGUUAUCGUGUGGCGAUACUUCUGGCCCCAGUUGGGCAAGUACUUCGGGCUGAACGUUGCGGAUCCCAAAUUCGAAAAGACCAAGGAGAGAGCAAACACGUUGGACAACGAAAUCGACAUGUACGAAUGGGCAAAGGACAAGAAGCCCGUCUGGGAGGCGAUUGUCAAGAAAUAUGGCGGGAAAGCCGAAGCCAUCGAAUGGGGCACCUGGGGCUUCUUCAUGUGGGCGACCGGAAAGAGCUGGCUCACCAUCGGAACGACCGCAAAGGCUCGCAAAUUUGGCUGGGGCCGCAUCGACGAUACGUACGAGUCGUGGAUCGAGACUUUCCGGUCUUUGGAAAAUGCUGGAAUCAUUCCGAGGAUCACGGAUAUCCCUGCAAGCAAGCUAUGGCAUGUCCGUGUGUCCCUGGUCCGAAAUGGCGAGUCAGGCACUCUUCUCCGUUGGUGCCGUACUUGGACCUUGCACCCUGCUCCACAUGCAAUCCUAUAUGAAGAGUCCAUGGCGCCGUCACCUCGCUCCCCGCUUGUUGCUGCUUCCACACCGUCGAGAAUGUGGACCUCUCUUGUCUGUCAGCUCCUCAUCCUCUCGGGGGCUCGCGCCACCCGUACCAGCAUCCCCCGAGCCUGCGAUGAGCCCAGUGCUGCAAACAUAGCCUGCGUGGCUCGGUACGACUCCGUAAUGAACUACCCGUUCUCUUCCCUGGCGGGAGGAGAAUCCACGACGACGACGACGAACUCCUCCUCCGACCUCUCUUCUCCUGCCGUUCAAAACGCGUCCUUCAUCGUCUUCGACGCCCGCGGCCGCGAGAUCCUCGGUGCCGCGCCCUCUCUGGAGCACAUCUUCACGACGACCCCAGGCCUGAUCCAAGAAGCCCCCGUCUACGUCCCGGAGCUGAACGCCAUCAUCUUCUCCACCUUCUCGCCCGACGUCUUCCCGCAAUCCAUCAUCUACCUCAACGGAACCCAGCCCAGACUGUCCACCUUCUACGCCGACCCCCCAGUCUGGGGCGUGAACGGCGGGCGUUACCGCGACGGGAAAAUAUACUGGGCCGUGGCAGGCUCGGGCGAGGCGCAAUCGCCGAACAAAACCGUGGGCCAAGCACCAGGAAUCUACACGCUGGACCCCAUCACGAAGAAGAGCAGCGUGCUGCUGAACAACUACUUUGGCGUCCAGUUCAACAGCCCAGACGACCUCGUCAUCGACGACAACGGCGACAUCUUCUUCACCGACCCCUGGUACGGCUGGGCCAUGGGCUUCGCCCCCACGCCCGCCCUGCACCCAUCAACAUGGCGGUUCCGGCCGUCGACUGGCGCCGUGUCCGUGGUCGACAACACGGUGGACCAGCCCAACGGCAUCGGCAUGGCGCCCGACGGCGCGAAGCUGUACAUCACCGACACGGGCAACAACAUCAUCAACGCGUCCGUCACGGGCAUCGUGUACAACUCGACCAACACGCACUGCGUGUGGGCCUUCGACGUCAACAGCAGCCCCGCCGGGAGCUGGUGCGGCAACAGGCGGCCGCUGUGGUGCACCGAGGCCGUCGGGCACGAUGGGUUCCAUGUUGCGGGGAAUGGGUAUCUGGUGGGGGCGGCGGGGACGGGGGUCGACGUCAUUAGCGAGUGGGGAGAGCUGCUGCUGCGCAUCCAGACGGACUUUACGGUGAACAAUGUCCAGUUCGCUGGCCCGCAGCUGGACGAGCUGUGGCUGUUUGGGAUGGGCAGCAUAUCGAGAGUUCAAUGGAACUUGACCGGGAUGCCGUAUGCUAGGAGCUAA